GUUUGGCAAGAAAAUCUGUUAUUUUUCUCGUACUAAUGAAUAUUCUUAUUUGUUUUUCAUGUGCGAAUAACGUCCUCCGAGAUCGGCAAGAGGGACGUGAAUUGCUUCUUUUAGGUAGAGUUGCGGGUUGGGUUGCAAGCAGGUUACCUAAAGUCAAAGAAGCUGCCUAUCAGGCUGAGUUGAAAAUAGCAGAACAUUAUGUAAAGAAAUUUGCAGAGUCCAUUGCAGGGAAGUUGUUUGGAUCAGGUGGUCAAAAGGGUUUUGGUGUCGGUUGGAAAGCUGGAAAACUGUAUUAUUCAGUUGCAGACAAGUGUGAAAACCGUACAAUCGAUUUACAAUAUGAGACCACAACUUCCCCUUGCAACAAUACUUGUGGAGAUAGCGAGUCGGUACCUUGUGUGAUAUAUUGUGUUCUUGAAGUUAUAAACAUCACGGGUUUAAUCGAUAGGUGCUUUGAAAGCUGUGGCGCGCCAAUAGAAACCCCUUGCUUGUAUAUGUUUAAUGAUACCGGUACUUGUCAACCACAAACCACUUGUAGUAACAUCUCCAAUGGCACUAUUACUUGUCCCCAUAGUUAAUCAAGGACUGUAAUAUCAUGUCAAUGUAUGUAUAUGUAUGUAUGUUAUGAACUUAUGAUUGUUGUAUUUUGAUUUAUGUGUGUUGUUAUAUAAAUAAACACGAUAUAUGAUAUAUUGAUAUAUGAUGGUAUGAUCAUACGG